GCUCCGCCUUGUCACGUGGCUCCGCCUAUAUCCAGGAGGCUCCGACUUCCUGCAGUGGUGGAGGCGGUCUCUGAGGUCUCCCUCACCCCCCUCUCCACCACCCUUCCCCUCGCCUCUGCGACCUCUUCGGAGUUGUUGCCGAUUGCUCGCUGUUGUUGCUGCCGCGACGUGAGGCUUUGCAGUGCAGCAAUGCUGCGAGCGAUGGACGUGACGAGCCGAUCGAGCGGCGGCGGGGACCCCAACGCUCUGCCCGAGGGCGUGCCUACACCGGCGCGCAUGGUCUACAUGUCCGAGAAGCAUCCACGCAUCACCCUGGAGGCCAUCAGCGUGCUCCGGCGACACCGCGAGCUCUGCGAUGUCGUGCUGGCGGUGGGCAGCCGCAAGAUUUACGCGCACCGCGUGGUGCUGUCGGCGUGCUCCCCCUACUUCCACGCCAUGUUCACGGGCGAGCUGGCCGAGUCGCGGCAGACUGAGGUGUCCAUCCGUGACGUCGACGAGACGGCCAUGGAGCUGCUCAUUGACUUUGCCUACACGGCACAGAUCACGGUGGAGGAGUGCAACGUGCAGGCCCUGCUGCCGGCCGCCUGCCUGCUGCAACUGGCCGAGAUACAGGACACCUGCUGCGAGUUCCUGAAGCGGCAGCUGGACCCCUCCAACUGCCUGGGAAUCCGGGCCUUCGCCGAUACGCACGCGUGCCGAGACCUGCUGCGCACCGCCGACAAGUUCACGCAGCACAACUUCCAGGAGGUAAUGGAGAGUGAAGAGUUCAUGCUGCUUCCUGCCAACCAGCUCAUCGACAUCAUAUCUAGUGAUGAGCUAAACGUGCGCAGCGAAGAGCAGGUGUACAGCGCCGUCAUCGCCUGGGUCAAAUACAACAUCCAGGAGCGCCGGCCACAGCUACCCCAGGUGCUGCAACACGUCCGUCUGCCCCUGCUCACACCCAAGUUCCUGGUGGGCACAGUGGGGACGGACCUUCUGGUGAAGAGUGACGAGGCAUGCAGAGACCUCGUGGAUGAAGCCAAGAACUAUUUGCUUCUGCCCCAAGAAAGACCACUCAUGCAGGGCCCCCGCACGAAACCCCGCAAGCCCAUCCGCUGCGGGGAGGUGCUCUUCGCAGUGGGUGGCUGGUGCAGCGGCGACGCCAUCUCCAGCGUGGAGCGCUACGAUCCGCAGACCAACGAGUGGCGCAUGGUGGCCUCCAUGAGUAAGCGGCGCUGCGGCGUGGGGGUGGCCGUGCUCGAUGACCUCCUCUAUGCUGUGGGCGGCCACGAUGGAUCGUCCUACCUCAACAGUGUGGAACGGUACGACCCCAAAACGAACCAGUGGAGCAGCGACGUGGCGCCCACCAGCACGUGCCGCACCAGCGUCGGCGUGGCUGUGCUCGCCGGAUUCCUGUACGCCGUCGGCGGGCAGGACGGAGUGAGCUGCCUAAACAUUGUCGAGAGAUAUGACCCCAAGGAGAACAAGUGGAGCCGGGUAGCAUCUAUGAGCACGCGGAGACUCGGGGUGGCGGUGGCUGUCCUCGGGGGACACCUGUAUGCAGUCGGGGGCUCAGACGGGACAUCGCCUCUCAACACUGUGGAGCGAUACAGCCCCGCCGAUAACCGGUGGGCGCCGGUGCCGCCAAUGGGCACUCGGCGCAAGCACCUGGGCUGCGCUGUUUACCAGGACUGCCUGUACGCGGUGGGUGGACGUGACGACACCACCGAGCUGAGCUCGGCAGAGCGCUACAGCCCCCGCGGAAACACAUGGAGCCCGGUCGUCGCCAUGAGCUCGCGUCGGAGCGGAGUGGGCCUAGCCGUGGUGAAUGGGCAGCUCAUGGCCGUCGGAGGGUUUGAUGGAACCACCUACCUCAAAACCAUCGAGGUGUACGACGCAGAGGCCAACACGUGGAGGUUGUAUGGAGGCAUGAACUACCGCCGCCUUGGAGGAGGGGUUGGAGUGGUUAAGAUGACGCAGUGUGAAUCGCACAUUUGGUAGCAGAAGACGCGGCGCGCUCCGUGUCCGCGUGCAGUCCACGUGCUCCGUCGAAACACGCACGAACACAUGUGCACACAGGCACAUGCACGCUUUUCUUUAAUAAGUGCACAUCGAUACUUUUUGAAAGGGAGUCCAGGACCUAUACUGGUGGAAGAGCUUUAUUUAUUCUGGCAACACAGUGACGUGUACUCGUAGCGAACAAGAUUCAAAAAGCUCCACUGAGUUUUCCCUAGCCCAUCCGUUGUGCUUUUUGGGACCCCCUUCUCGACCCUUUUCAACCUCCGCAGACCUCUACACACAUCGGUGCCCCUCUGCCUUCAAGGGGUCUUCAAACGGGGGGGCCCCUCUUUCAAUUAGAAUUUUGCCUACGCCUUUACCCUUAAAUCGGCGAUCAGCCAGCUGGACCGCUCGGCGGCUGGACCGCUAUGGUUGAGAGCUGGCCAACCAGCAGAGCCCUUGAACUCUGUAUGUACAUAUGUUAAACUUCUUUCGCAUUGUACAUAGCCAACCGCACUCAUCGGAGGUACGGGGGAAGGACAGCAAAUUGAACAGAAAAAUCAGCUCUCAAGAAAUUAGUUUUCAAUCUAUGUGAUUUAAAAGUGCACAGCUCUAGAGGAUUCCUAAUGUCGGAAUAAAGAGCGUUCCAGACGGCUGCAGGAGCGCAUCUAAGAGCUUGCGAUGUGGUGAUGGUCUUUGCUCAAUGGCUAGCCAAAAGGUUCGAUGGCUAAUACAAAAUGGGCGAUAUGCCUUUCGGCGUCCCUAGAUAACACGCAUCAGACUCGUAGCAUUAUUUAUGCAAUAAAAAAAAGCCGGUGUGACUGUCGCUCCAGCGAGCCCGGGGCAGCGUUCCUCUUCGUUGGCGAUAGUCGGGAAAAUGUCACACUACUAUGAUGAUGAUGAGGGGUUCAGUCGACUACGAACUGGGAUUUGAACUUGCAACCUUCCAAUUGCGAGUGGAACACUUUGCUGUAGCUUGUAGGAAUGUAUGCUAAACAUCGGACAUCAGUGAUCCGGUCGGUUAUUUCGGGGGUUAUGAGAUGCUGCCGCUGCCACAGCAAUGGAACCUGCACUGUGAUAUGUUUACGUUAAAAUCGGUCUCCCUUGAGACAACGCCAGGUUGCUAUGCAUGCUGCAGUGGAAGAUGUUUAGGACAUGCUCGUAUUAAGCAAUACUUUAAGUGUAUUGAAGUACAUAAGUGAUAGCAGCCCGAUCUAGUCACAGUCGUUAAAGACUACAAUUUAUGUUGUGAUUUGUGGUAAAGACAACUUUGAAGCUAUGUAGCAGGUGGUGGAAACUCCAUGUUCCUAUGCAGGGGCGGUUUCUUCAUUAGGGCGAUUGGGCGACGCACCACCAAUGUCAUUCAACCACAGAGUCACGCUAGCCGUCACUGUCAGCCUCUGGAUAUAGUCCAAUCAGCGUCAUGUCACGUUCUGUGGAGUACCGCCUCUUUUUGGGCGAUUUCACUACGGCUGAGAAUCGCCCCGAGUGGCCCCAUAGACUUACAUUCAAAGAUGGUUUUUUUCGAACGGGGGCGCUGCAAUGCAUUCUCUGGCUUCCGGGAGGGCAUGCACUAACGUGCUUACGUCAUCAUACGUGCUAACGUCAUCAUACGUAAGCACGUUUCAUCCAACAAUAUAAUUUAUCGCCACCUAGUGGAAUCUUUCAUAAAAUAAACUUGAGUGGUUUGUUUUAAUAGUGAGUAUAUAAACAAACAAGAUGUAUUGUAAGAGUCACUUUAUUUUUCAUUAAUAUUAAAGAAGUGAAGUUCCCUUUACAUGCUUAAGCUGUUAAUUUAUUCAUUGCAUGGGUGGACCUUAUCCUUAUCAAUCAUCCAGACAUUUGCCCCCCCUGAGAGAUUUUGCAGGAGCCGCCACUGUUCCUAUGGCAGGGACCAUUUACUCCACAGGAUCCAGUGGUAUCGACUCACUAAUCAGUGCUCAUUUUAAUGAGCAAGUGAGGAUGACAAUGAUGAUGGUAAUGUGAAACCUGGAUUGGAUAUGCACUCGCAGCCCUAUGCUUGGAAGUCCUGCUGCUUUUGUAAGUAUCGGCUUUAGUAUAUCCAGUGCAUUAUACUAAAAAAUAAUUACAUCACCAUCAACUGAGUACCAUACUCAAACUCAUUGUACUUGUACAAUACAACCGAAAAUCACACACAUGGCCAUUCUCAACAAUAUACAGUAGUAACGACCAACUAUCAAUGCGUCUUGAUUGCCACGUGUAUAGCACGCCCGUAGUCUUGUUCAGCUAGCCAUGCGUUAAGGCGAAUUUAACUGGCGACAUGUCCGAGGCAAAGCACUCGCAAUGUCUCGCAGCUAUGCAGUUUCUGCACCCUGUUGGCAUAAAAUGUGCGGACACCUCGUUGUAGCGAACGCACACUCGGCCCAGAACACGCGGGUUCCCUCCAAUUUCUAUCGCAACUAAAUAGAGCCUUACAUACAUAUAUUUUGGUACUGCAGAAUUUUGGUUUUGGUUUAAAUGCACAACCAAGCAUCUGCCCUCUGCGAGUCGCGAAGACUCUUUCUAUGCAGAGGGUGCUGCGUGGAAUGGUUGGCUCAAGUUUAGAGAACUAUCAUUGGCCUCUCAUGCAGCGGUUAUAGAUAUGUAGCACUGCUUGCACGAGUUCCGUCCUUUGAAUUGCCCGCAGCAUAAAUGACAUCGCUCGUAUUGUAAAAUAGCGAACUUGCACACCGGCGGAGCGCGCACAGUGUGUUUCAUAACACGUGUGUGCGAGUGUUUUUAGGGUUUUGUGAAUGAGGUUUUAGCUGUGCCUUGACCACACAAGUUCCAUGACACCCAGACAGGUUGUGCGUUUUGUCUUUACGGCCAAAUAAAAAAACAACGGCCGCCAUUCAACACGACGUUGGAGGGCGACUGCCCCCCCCCCCCACAACUGGCCUGGAGAUUCCUUCACGAGUCGCCUCCAGUCACGCAUGGCACGUGCAAUUUCCCACUCGCCGCGCACACUUCAACGUAACACAUUUUAAAACCACGGUUGCGUUUUUUUCUAACGUUUACAUUUGUAAAAAAUAAAGUCCCUUGCUUUGAAAAACUCUUUGUAUAUUGUAAAAGCUGUCUGUUUCAAUUAAUAAACUGUUACGUGAAA